AGUGUAGUCGUGAAAUGCAUUCCUGUACGCGUCGAGUCCAUAACCAAAUUUUCUCUACGCGAGAUGGUGACACGCGAGCACGACACGCGUCUUAAUAACAAGUCACCUCCAAUGACGCGUCUGGGUUUACGCAAGGCAAGUCUGCGAUGCAGUCAUAAGCAAUUGCUAGUCUAGCAUCACUCUUGCCUACAACAGCGGACAAAGGAUCGAAACCCUGGAACCACGAACGAGGAAUCAACAAAAAAGCGCACGACACAGACAAGCAGCAAUGGCCAAUCAGUCUACAGCAUCAACCAUCGGAUCGAUCCCAAAGUUUGAGUCUACACUUGUGAUUGCAUUCCCAGACGUACUUUUGGCAGGACCCAAGAUCUUGCUCAGUGCUGCCGAUGCACACACCAAUGGCACGUCGAUUCCAACAUGGUCCCAUUAUUGCUCAAGGUCAUCAAAAAACAGUAACGCCGGAAGCAACAGCCGAUCAAAUUUCGCGGCCACGAAUAAGAUCCAGCAUUCCACAGCAGCAGUUGACGCGAACCAACAGAGGAUGAGCCUAUUGACCAUCGUUGUAGCACCACCAACUAUGGAACAGGCGUCCUAUCUGUGCGAGGCUAUUGUCAACCAGGCACAAACCUCAGGUACAGAGAAGAUCAUCCUGGUUGCCGCGUCAAAUUUCGCAACAAAGGAGCAGCGGACACAUGUGGUGCAAAUUCAUCAUGAUGGAGCGGUCGAGUUCCCAGCAGUACCGAGGGAUGUGGCAUUGGGAGAUCAUAUCCUGAACACGUUCUUGACCCUGCUGACGUUUGCUGGCGUUCCUACAACGGCAUUGGUGCAUCCUGCCAAGAAGGGGACAGGUCUCAAGGAAUCCCAGACUGUCCUCGAGAACUUGACUACAUCGCUGGCAUUAGUGAUUGGAGAUAAGAACUCGGCUGUAUUUUCGGCAGAGAGAGCCAUUCAGUAUAGCGUGCUAAGGAGCGAGGACGACGGCAGUGUCGAGAGUAUGAUGUAUCUGUAGGGGAGCUGGAGAUGGGGCAUGAUAUAAAAUAAAAUCUCAUUUUGGUUGGCACCUACCCCUCGAU